AUGCAGAUGAGCUCGCCCGUCCUGGACGCGUGCGACGAGGCGCAUCUCGAGGCGCUCGUGGAGGAUCCGAUGCACCUCCUCCGCAAAGAGGCCGUGAGCGUGCCGGUGCCCGAGCCGGCGCCGCUGACUGAGCCUGUGUAUGCGACCGAGGACGUCGCGCAGACAUCGAUGAGCGCGUGGGCCAGCGCGGCCGCGUUCGACCCGCUCGCGACGAUGAACGAUGGCGUGUUUAUGGCGCCGACGGCGCCGCCCCCCGCGCCGAAGCGGACCGUGCGCCUGGCGCCGGAAACGCCGGCCGUCCUGCGCCACCAAGUGUCGUCCCGCACGCUGCGCAAGCAGCAGUCCCUCCGCGACUGCCUCGCGAGCGACGAUGUGGACCUGAGGGCCCUGCGCACGCUCGCGUGGAACGGCGUGCCGCCCGAGAUGCGGCCGGUCGUGUGGCCGCUCCUCCUGGGCUACCUGCCGCGCACGGCGUCGAUUCGCACGUCCACCCUCGCGCGCAAGCGCGCCGAGUACGCGGCGGGCGUCGAGCGGGCGUUCGCGCGCGGGACUGACGCGCUGGACCGCGCCGCCUGGCACCAGAUCCGCAUCGACGUGCCGCGCACCAACCCCGGGCUGCGCCUGUGGCAGCAGGCCGAGACGCAGCGCGCGCUGGAGCGCAUCCUGUACAUGUGGGCGAUCCGGCACCCCGCGAGCGGGUACGUGCAGGGCAUCAACGACCUCGCGACGCCGUUCUUCGAGGUGUUUCUGAGCGCGUACAUCGACACGGACCCCGAGACGUUCGAGCUGGCGUCGCUGCCGCCGCGCGUGCGCGCAGCGCUCGAGGCCGACACGUUCUGGUGUCUGACCAAGCUGCUGGACGGCAUCCAAGACAACUACAUCGUCGCGCAGCCCGGGAUCCGGCGGCAGCUGAGCGUGAUGAGCGACGUCGUCGCGCGCAUGGAUGCGCCCCUGCACGCCCACCUGGCGGCGCAGGGCGUCGAGUACAUGCAGUUCUCGUUCCGCUGGAUGAACUGCCUGCUGAUGCGCGAGAUGAGUGUCAAGAGCAUUAUGCGCCUGUGGGACACGUAUCUGGCCGAGGGCACGGAUGCCUUUAGCGACUUUCACCCGUUUGUCUGCGCCGUGUUCCUGCACCGCUGGCGCGACGAGCUGCUGUCGAUGGACUUCCAGGGCAUCAUCCUGUUCCUGCAGAGCCUGCCGACGCAGGCGUGGUGCGACAAGGACGCCGAGCUCCUGCUCAGCGAGGCCUUUAUGUACAAGGCGCUCUUUGGCCACAGCGCGCACCUCGGCGGCUAG